AUGAGAAACGAUCUCAUAACCUUGACUCGAUCUGCAACAAACUCAAGUUAUGCCGGCAUUGAUCCCGAAUCCAAGGAUUUCAGUCUGGACAAAUGGCUUCGCGCAUUCGUCAAAGACUUCGACUCAGAAAAUGUCAAAGCUACUCGGGCAGGUAUUGUCUGGAAGAAUCUCUCGGUCUCUGGUUCAGGUGCAGCUCUGCAGCUUCAAGACACUGUCGCUGGCAUCGCCUUGAAGCCCCUCGGCAUGGUCAAGUCUCUGCUCUCGCACAACACUCAAAGGAAGCAAAUCCUCAACAACUUUAACGGAAAUCUCAAGUCUGGUGAACUGCUCAUCGUCCUCGGACGUCCAGGUUCCGGCUGCAGUACUUUCCUCAAGUCCAUCUGCGGCGAGACGCAUGGGCUCCACAUCGAUGAAGGAUCUGAGAUUCAUUACAAUGGUGUCAGCCAGAAGCAGAUGAUGAAAGAGUUCAAGGGGGAGGUCGUGUACAACCAAGAGGUUGACAAGCACUUCCCUCAUCUGACAGUUGGCCAAACUCUUGAGUUCGCUGCCUCCACUCGCACCCCCAGCCAUCGUAUUCGUGGCCUGUCAAGAAAGGAAUUCUCUAAGCACACUGCCAAAGUCAUCAUGGCAGUAUUUGGUCUCAGCCAUACAUACAACACCAAGGUCGGCUCCGAUUUCGUUCGUGGUGUGUCAGGUGGUGAGAGAAAGCGUGUCAGUAUCGCUGAAAUGGCUCUUACUGGAUCUCCUUUGGGAGCUUGGGACAAUUCGACGCGUGGUCUUGAUUCGGCAACUGCGUUCAAAUUUGUCAACUCGCUACGUACUUUGGCAAACCUUGGUGGAUCAGCUCACGCCGUCGCCAUCUACCAAGCUUCUCAGCAGAUUUAUGAGUUGUUUGACAAGGCCAUCGUGCUCUACGAGGGUCGCACCAUCUAUUAUGGCUCUGCACCCAAAGCUCGUGCUUUCUUCGAAAAGCAAGGUUGGACUUGCGAUAAGAGACAGACUACUGGAGAUUUCCUUACUGGUCUUACCAAUCCUGCCGAGCGUAAAGUUCGCAAAGGCAUGGAGAACAAAGUACCUCGUACCGCAGAAGAAUUCGAGCGUCGCUGGCUCGAAUCUUCAGAGUACAAAACUAUGGAACGAGGCAUUGAGGAACAUGAGAAGUCGGUCUCUGGAGACAAAAUGGUCGAAAACUUCCGGGAGAACAAAGGUGAAGCUCAAGCAAACCACACCCGUCUGAAGUCGCCAUACCUCAUAUCGGUGCCUAUGCAGAUCAAGCUGAACACAGUGCGAUCUUAUCAACGUAUAUGGAACGAUCUGCCAUCUACCGCCUCUGCUAUCCUUGUCAAUGUCUUCAUGGCUCUAAUCAUCGGUUCCAUCUUCUACGGAACACCUGACGCUACUGUUGGAUUCAUGUCCAAAGGAGCUGUGCUUUUCUUCGCCGUACUUCUCAAUGCGCUGUCAGCCAUGAACGAGAUCAACAGUCUCUAUGCUCAACGUCCAAUCGUCGAAAAACACAAAUCGUAUGCCCUCUACCAUCCGGCAACAGAAGCAAUCGCUGGUGUGGUCAGUGAUAUCCCUGUCAAGUUCAUUACCACCGUUGUGUUCAACCUGAUUCUCUAUUUCCUGGCUGGUCUUCGACGAGAACCAUCGCAGUUCUUCAUCUACUUCUUGAUCACGUUUAUUGUGGGCCAAAUCAUGUCGGCAGUCUUCAGGACGCUCGCAGCUAUCACCAAGACAAUCUCCCAGGCGAUGACAUUAGCCGGUGUGAUGGUUCUUGCGCUUGUCAUCUAUACAGGCUAUGUUCUUCCCCAGCCAUACAUGAAGCCUUGGUUCAAUUGGAUCCACUACCUGAAUCCAAUCUUUUACGCAUUCGAAAUUCUGAUUGCUAAUGAAUUCCACGGACGAGAGUUUACCUGCUCGCAAUUCGUGCCUGCUUAUCCCAAUUUGCAAGGGGAUCAAUUUAUCUGCUCCCAGACUGGUGCAGUUGCAGGCCGCCGCACAGUUAACGGAGACAACUACAUCCAGACUGCGUACGAGUACUCUUAUUCGCACGUAUGGCGAAACUUUGGCAUUAUGAUCGCAUUCCUCAUCGGUUUCAUGGCCAUGUACUUCGUUGCUGUUGAGGUCAAUUCUUCAACCAGCAGUACUGCCGAAGUUCUGGUCUUCCGUAAGGGACAUGCGCCCGCGAGUCUUACUGGACAGAUCAAAGAAGGCAGUAACGACGAAGAGGCAGCUGCUCAGGGUGCUGCAUCGAACGAACACACCGAGAGCGACAAAGUUGAUGCUAUCCCUGCCCAAAAGGAUAUUUUCACCUGGAGAGACGUUGUUUACGACAUCAAGAUCAAGGGCGAGCCUCGCAGACUCCUGGAUCACGUCAGUGGCUAUGUUAAACCCGGAACCCUCACUGCCCUAAUGGGUGUCAGCGGUGCUGGCAAAACGACUCUAUUGGAUUCCCUCGCUCAACGUACGACCAUGGGCGUCAUCACCGGGGAUAUGCUGGUUAAUGGCAAGCCAAUUGAUGCCAGCUUCCAAAGAGGUUGUGGUUAUGUUCAACAACAAGAUCUCCAUCUCGAGACAGCCACUGUCCGCGAAAGCUUGCGGUUCAGUGCCAUGCUCAGGCAGCCCAAGUCAGUCAGUAAAAAGGAGAAGUACGAUUACGUUGAGGAAGUGAUCAAAAUGCUCGACAUGGAGGACUUCGCCGAGGCUGUCGUUGGUGUUCCUGGCGAAGGUUUGAACGUCGAGCAGCGUAAACUACUCACGAUAGGUGUCGAGCUUGCUGCCAAACCUAAGUUGCUGCUCUUUUUGGAUGAACCUACCAGUGGGCUGGACUCUCAGAGUGCCUGGGCCAUUUGCGCCUUCCUCCGCAAGCUUGCCGACGCCGGUCAAGCUGUCCUGUGUACUAUCCAUCAGCCCAGCGCCGUCCUUUUCCAGGAGUUCGAUCGUCUCUUGUUUUUGGCAAAGGGCGGUAAGACGGUGUAUUUCGGAGAUAUUGGAGAAAACUCUAGGACACUUCUCGACUAUUUUGAGCAGCAUGGAAGUAGGCACUGUGACGACCAAGAGAAUCCCGCCGAAUUCAUGCUCGAGAUCGUCAACGCCGGAUCUUCUGGACAAGGCCCUGAUUGGCAUGAUGUCUGGAAGAAGAGUGAAGAGGCCAAAGCCGUUCAGACUCAGAUCGACAAGCUGCACGAAGAAUCGAGCGGCAGAGCUCGCGAUCACGAGCCCACUGCGGAAGAACUCAGCGAAUUCGCCAUGCCAUUGACCACCCAGAUCGCCGUUGUCACCACACGUGUGUUCCAGCAGUACUGGCGCAUGCCGUCUUAUAUCCUCGCGAAGUGGAUUCUCGGUAUUGCUGCUGGUCUGUUUAUUGGAUUCUCUUUCUACCAAGCCGACUCCUCGACCCAAGGACUUCAGAACGUCAUCUUUUCGGCCUUCAUGGUUUGCACAAUCUUCUCUUCUUUGGUUCAGCAGAUAAUGCCUCUCUUCGUCAGCCAACGCUCGCUCUACGAGGUCCGUGAAAGACCCAGCAAAGCAUACUCCUGGAAGGCCUUCAUCCUUGCCAACAUUGUCGUCGAAAUUCCUUACAACAUCGUCUUGGCUGUUCUGGUAUUCGGUUCCUACUACUAUGCUGUUCAGGGUAUCCAACCCUCCCUGCGACAAGGCAUGGUUCUCCUCUUCCUCAUCGAGUUCUUUAUCUACGCUGGCACAUUCGCGCAUCUCUGUAUCGUCGCCAUGCCAGAUGCACAGACAGCGGCCGCAAUUGUAACCCUCUUGUUCGCCAUGUCCCUGGUGUUCAACGGUGUCAUGCAGUCUCCCGAUGCUCUCCCUGGUUUCUGGAUCUUCAUGUACCGUGUAUCGCCCUUCACCUACUGGGUCGGCGGUAUCGUGGCUGCUCAACUCCACGGCAGAGAAAUUGUGUGCAGCCAAGCUGAACUCAGCAUCUUCAACCCACCUCAAGGUCAAACCUGUGGGCAAUACUUGGAUGCAUACCUCCAAGCCGCCCCUGGUACCCUCCAAAACCCCAAUGCCAUCAGGGACUGUGCCUACUGUGCACUGAGCAACGCAGAUCAGUUCCUCUCUGGUUCAAACAUCUACUAUUCACAAGUAUGGAGGCAAUUCGGUAUAUUCUGGGCAUACAUCGUCUUCAACAUCUUCGCUGCCGUGUCCCUAUACUGGCUUUUCAGAGUCAGCACUUUCAGUUUCUCUGGAUUCACCGAAAAACUCAAGGGACUCCACUGGCCAAGACACGAGCCUCUGGCCAAGAACAAGGAAGGAGAGAAGCAGAGAAACGUUGCUAACCCUUACUAG